AUGUUCUCAUUCAUCGCUGCGCUAGCCGCAACCCUCCUCCUCCUCCUCCUCCUCCUCCCACCCAGCAGCCUUGCUCAGCAGAACGGCCAGCAAUACACCGUGUGGUCCAGCGUCGUCUUCCAGCGAACCGGCGAACGAACUCCCGAAAUCAUCGGAAAUCUCCCCACCACGCUCACCUCCGUCGGUGCCAACCAAGCCUAUGCCUCUGGCCAGUUCUUCCGCAACCGCUACAUCGAAUCCGCGUUCAAUGCAUCGUUGCUCGGCAACGGCGAUGGACUCGGUGGGUAUGGAGCCCCCUUGGUCGGUCUGAAUGCGGACGUCUACAGCAAUCUGGAAGUCUCUGCGCUGGCGCUAGAUCAGCAGUGGAACUUCGCGACCGCGCAGGCUUUCCUCCAAGGAUUGUACCCGCCCUUCUCGCCUGGUGGGAAUAGCAGUACGAGAGCGGUGUUGGAUCCGACGAGUUUGUUGGCCAAUUCCACGUUCGUGAGUUUUCCCUCUCCCUCUCUCUUUCGAGCCCGGGCAAGGCGCAUUAGUAGAGGAAAUUCGAGAGCUAACGACAGGCGUCAUGUUUGUUCCAUCUAGAUCGACGCGCCGCUCUCCGGCUACCAAUACGCUCAAAUCCACACGGCCGGAGGCCUGGAUCCCAACUUCAUCUACCUCUCCGGAAACCUCGAUUGCCCCGCCUUCGACCUCGCCGCGGCACAGUAUCGAGACUCGCAACAAUUCAGCGUAACGUGGAAGCAGUUUGACGGGAUCUACGAUACCAUCGGGCCGGCCGUGUUCAGCGGCAUCCUCGGGCCUCAGGCGUGGGACUACACCAACGCCUACGCCAUCUACGACUGGCUGCAAUACGAAUACGCGCACAACAGCACCGUGCAAGCGGCCAUGGACCGCUACCGAGACGUCGCGACGAACACGUCCUACAUGCGCCUCCUGCAAACCCUCGCCAACGAGCAGCAGUACGCCCAACUCGGCAAUCUCAGCGCCGUCAAUCCGCUCAACGGCCACGACGCCCUCCCCGGCGCCGCGCUGGGCUCCAUCUCCACCAUCGCGGGCAACCUGCUCGUCGCCCGCGUUCUGGAGGCUUUCACCAACGCCCUCCUCGCCCGCGGCGCGCGGGACAAACUCACGCUGCUGUUUGCCGAUUUCGCGCCCCUCGUGUCCCUCUUCGCCCUCGUCGGCCUGCCGGCGCAGGAUGCGAAUUUCUACGGCUUGCCGGACUUCGCCUCGGCUGCUGUUUUUGAGUUGUGGUCCUACACCAAUUCUUCCUCCUCCAACACCUCCUCCGCCGCCGCCGCCGUACCGAAUUUCCCCCCUUCGACGAGGGAUCUCUGGGUGAGGUUUUACUUCGUCAACGGCACUGCCGGGGAAGGGCAAGGAGAAGAUGGGAAUGGCAAUAUGAAGAUGAGGAGCUACCCGCUCUUCAACCGCGGCCCGGACGCCACGGACAUGCCAUGGCGCGACUUCCGCUACGCGAUGGAGAAUUUGCAAAUGGCAGACGAUGGCAUGGCGGCUUGGUGUCGGGAGUGCCAUGCUACGAAUCUCUUCUGUUCGGCUUUCAACGCGACGCUGGCGAGGGUCUGGAAUGACAGUGACGGUGACGAUGAUGGAAGCUCUGGAAUCAUCACAAAAAAGGAUCCGGUCACGCCUGUCGUGGCGGGCGUGAUUGGCGCUGUGGUCUCCCUUGCGCUUGCCGGGUUGAUUGUCGGUGUGGUCGGGGUUUGGUUGGGCGGGUGGAGGGUUCAUCGUAGGAAGCAGAGGCCGAAGAAUUGGAAGGGGGGGAGCGGGAGCGGUGACUUCGGCGGUGGGUUCAAAGGCGGGCGCAAGAUGCGAAGUGAUGUGGAUCUGGCUCUGCCGCCGAAAGGUGGCGCGAGUGUGACGCAGGAGGAGAGGGUGGGGAGUUGGGAAUUGAAACCUGCGGGGGAUGGGGAUGGGAAGAAGGAGGAGGAGGAUGGUGGUGGUGCUGGUGGGGAGAGGAGUAUGAGGCCUAGCAUGGAACAACAACAACAACAACAACAACAGCAGGAGGGGCAUGAGCAGGAUGUUUUUGGACUGAAGGCUGUGCAGCCUCAUGAGAGGGUUUGA